AUGGGGUUUUCCAAAAUUUUAAGUUUCACCCUUCUCUUGUUUAUUGGAUAUACUGUGGUGAAUGGAUCCACCCCAAAGCAUUAUAUAGUUUACAUGGGAGAGCAUUCACACCCCAGUUCAGAAUCAGUAAUAGCAGCAAACCAUGAUAUGCUAGCUUCAGUCACUGGAAGUCUCAGUGAAGCAAAGGCAGCAACAGUACACCACUAUAGUAAAAGCUUUCGAGGCUUCUCGGCCAUGGUUACACCAGAGCAAGCUAAUCAACUUGCAGAAUAUGACUCGGUUGUGUCUGUUUUUGAGAGCAAAAUGAAUCAGCUCCACACAACACAUUCUUGGGAUUUUCUUGGAUUAGACUCUGUCUACAAGAGCAACCAUAUAACACUGGACUGCGCAUCUGAUGUCAUUGUUGGUGUCAUUGACUCUGGGGUGUGGCCGGAAUCCGAAAGCUUCACUGAUUAUGGAUUAGGUCCUGUGCCCGAGAAAUUCAAGGGAGAGUGUGUUACUGGUAAAAAUUUCACACUAGCCAAUUGCAACAAGAAAAUUAUUGGUGCCCGGUUCUAUUCAAAAGGGUUGGAGGCAGAACUUGGUGGUCCUCUGGAAGAUGUUGUUAACCAGAUUUUCUUCCGGUCAGCUCGAGAUAGUGAUGGACAUGGAAGCCACACUGCUUCCACUAUUGCAGGAUCCAUUGUUGCUAAUGCAAGUUUAUUUGGUAUAGCCAAAGGAACUGCAAGAGGUGGUGUCCCAAGUGCUAGACUAGCAAUCUACAAGGCUUGUUGGUUUGGGUUUUGCAAUGAUGCUGAUAUUUUUUCUGCCAUGGAUGAUGCCAUUCAUGAUGGGGUUGACAUACUAUCUCUUUCUUUUGGCCCUAAUCCUCCUCAGCCAAGUUACUUCAAGGAUGCAGUCACUGUUGGAUCAUUCCAUGCAUUCCAAAAGGGUAUUCUUGUUUCUGCUUCAGCUGGAAACUCGGUUUUUCCUAGUACUGCAUGCAAUGUUGCUCCUUGGAUCCUCACUGUUGCUGCUAGCACCAUAGACAGGGAAUUCAGUUCAAAUAUCUACCUUGGUAAUUCAAAGGUUUUAAAGGGUUCUUCUUUGAAUCCAAUAAAAAUGGAGCAUUCUUAUGGUUUGAUAUAUGGAAGUGCCGCUGCAGCUGCAGGAGUUCCAGCAACAAAUGCAAGCUUCUGCAAGAACAAUACUCUAGAUCCUGCCUUAAUCAAGGAUAAAAUUGUGAUCUGUACAAUUGACGAAAUCAGGGAUAACAGACCAGAGAAGUCCAUAAUAGUAAAGCAAGGUGGGGGUGUUGGAAUGAUACUUAUUGAUCAUAAUGCCAAAGAUAUUGGUUUUCAGUUUGUCAUCCCUAGCACUCUCAUUGGUCAGGAUGCCGUAGAAGAGCUUCAAGCAUAUAUAAAGACAGAGAAGAAUCCCAUUGCUAGAAUCUACCCAACAAUAACUGUUGUUGGUACAAAACCUGCACCAGAAGUGGCAGCUUUUUCUUCCAUGGGGCCAAAUAUAAUAACACCAGAUAUUAUUAAGCCUGACAUCACAGCACCUGGAGUGAAUAUUUUGGCAGCAUGGUCUCCAUUGGCAGCUGAAGCCACAGUUGAACAACAAUCUGUCAACUACAACAUCAUUUCAGGAACAUCAAUGGCUUGUCCACACAUAUCUGCUGUUGCAGCAAUUAUAAAAUCUUACCACCCCUCAUGGAGUCCUGCAGCCAUAAUGUCUGCAAUAAUGACAACAGCAACAGUUAUGGAUAACACACAUGGCCUCAUAGGAAGAGAUCCAAAUGGAACUGAAACCACACCUUUUGACUAUGGAUCUGGACAUGUUAACCCUGUUGCAUCACUAAAUCCUGGAUUAGUAUAUGAUUUUAAUUCCCAAGAUGUUCUCAAUUUUCUCUGCAGCAAUGAGGCAAGCCCAGCACAACUUAAAAACCUCACUGGGGAAUUUACUCAAUGUCAGAAAUCUCCUACAGCUUCCUACAACUUCAAUUAUCCAUCAAUUGGUGUGUCCAAUUUGAAUGGAAGUUUAUCUGUAUAUCGUACAGUUACUUACUAUGGUUUAGAACCAACAGUAUAUUAUGCAAGUGUUGAAAAUCCAUCUGGUGUAAAUGUUAAAGUUACACCAUCAGAGCUUAAGUUCUGGAAAACAGGAGAGAAGAUAACUUUCAGGAUUGAUUUCAACCCUUUCAAGAAUAGCAAUGGAAACUUUGUGUUUGGUGCCUUGACAUGGAACAAUGGCAUUCAAAGGGUUAGGAGUCCUAUUGGUCUCAUUGUACUAUCUACUUAG